AUGCCUGACGGACACGGGAAGCUGCAACGCGCUGGAGCGUGGAAUGGCAAAACCUACGCGCAAAACAAAGCACUCGGUGAAAGUCAUGACAAAACAACCCCUACUGAUCAAUUGCUCCUCAUCCGUUUCCAAGACUACAAGCAUGUCCUACAUCUGCCGCUAGAGGAGGCACGAGCAGCGAUUCCAAAGUUCGGCAAGUUGGACGAGACCAUGCUGGCCGUAGUGCUCUGUCUCUUCACCCCAGGCCAGAUUGGUAGACGAGGCUACUGGCGUGGGGACUUCAAUAUGUGGGGCAGCAUACAUCCUGAUCGCGACCCAAUCGGCUUACCACCAUUGAUCCUUGAUUCACCCAGCUGCUACCACUUCAUUGUUCAUCGACGAUCCUACAUGAUAUGUGGUGAAUUUGCAAAUCCAAGAGUUGGAAUCAAGCAAGACCGGGCAGAGGUCGAGGAAAAUGAAUUCUUGAACACCUGGGGAGAUGACACGGCGGUUGAGCGGGUGGCAGAAGCCCGAGCUGGCCGCCUCAACCCGGCACAAUGCCUUGUUUUUGAUAUGUCGACAAAUUGGAAUCUGGUGCCACCGCAUGACAUAGUCCCGAUCGUGGAGGCAUGGAGAAAGGAUAAGCGUUUUGGGUUUCACUUUCACAAAUACAUGGACGAGGAGGAAAGCGGGCAAUGUGCAGCCUGGUCGCCUGCAGGCUCUCCCACUCUGGCUUCAUCCUCCUCUGUGCGUGCUUUAUCCUCUACUGCGCGUUCGGCAUUCUGGACUGGACGCAAGCGCGACAGACCGGACAGCGAGGAGGAACCGUCGACCGAGACGCCGCAGCGAAAAUCAGCUCGCGGCGAUACAAGCCAGAAGAUGGUCCCUGCAUCAAGAACUGUCGGCCCACGCAAACUUAUCCCAGCCUCGAUCUCACGAUGGUGUAACAUUGCUGGUUGGUUUUGCCCCAACAAGGCAUGCCAAUAUCUUAACCCGCUUUCAGAGACCAAAUGUCCGAGGUGCGAAACCCCUAGACCCCCACAAUCUCGUUUGUACCGCCGAGACAGUGAGCCGACGACGCCGACCAGCUCGACUGCAGGAUCCCCGGACUCCGAACAUGGGUUCUUGACCCGAGAAGGGAGUCCACCAACCCGCAUACAAGACGAUAUGGUCAGAGAAGUUCCGGUCACGGGACCUUUGACGGUGCCGCGGCUGCUGAAAAUCUAUGUCGACAUGCUAACGGAGACCAAGACGCUGGCACUAAGUCAAUCCCAAGCAGAAAUGGAUGAUCAGGCGGUGGAAACGCGGCUACCAGUUAUCCAAGGAGAAAUUGAAGGCUUGCGUAAAAUCGAAGCUGGUGAGCGCCAGGAGGCGGAGAGGCUGCAAGAGAUGGCCCGACGCCGGGUUCAACACGCCGACAGCUUGCAGGCGAGGGCAAAAAGCCUGGAAAUUGACAUGAAGAUGAGUCUCGAACGUUUGAGACCGCACUUGGUGGACCGACAGCCAAACCUUCUGGUCUUGCAACGGGUGAAAGCCGGCAUACAAGCUCUGCCACCGGCGGAGGCCCAGCAGGCGCAGCACAUAGCCCUGGAGAAGUUGAGGGAUAUUCCUUUGUUUGGUGUCGAUGAUGAAAGACGCCAGGGAAUUUUCGCCGGCAUUUUCCCUGGCCUGCGCGUCGGAACUUCCGAUCCUCGGUCUGGAGAAGUUGGGCCUGAUGUGGAUAACAUAGGUAAUGAGGUACUGGGUGGCGUGAAACCAUAUGACGGUAACUAUGAUGGCCAGGACCUCCAACUGCAGCCUGCUAUCGCGGAAGGUGUGCGUCAGGAGUCACGACGCGAGGACCUAGACGGGGAUGUUAGCGGCCGUAGCUGCGUAUCGCUGACGACGAGACGUGGACGGCCCAAAGCGAUAGGACUGGGACGCCGCAGACUCGAUGGCACUGCGCCGAGCGGGAGUUCUCUAGAUGCCCACUUCAAGUUCGAGGAGGCAUCUCCCAACCAAAUAUCUCACAGCCCUCGGUUUUCACUUCGUACGAACCGGCCUUCUGGCAUCAUCGACUCGACGCAGUCAGAUUCAGACUCUGACAUCGCAAACUCGAUGCAGACAGACAUGGGAGCAACAGAAACCAGAAACACACUGGAUGCCAUGGCAGGGAAAAUUUCACUUUCCCCUACGCAAAAGAGUCCUGUCGGCCGUCUGGCAGAACAGAGGAAGAGUGUACGGAUGGUUCUGACAAAAAGACCGCUUGAGACGGAGCGGGCAGCCUCGAAGCUCUCUCUGCGCUUACCCCAGCGUGAUGUUGACCCGUCACCGCUAAAACUACGCCCGACUGCAUAA